ACUUCCUCUCUUUGUUGUCCUCGUAUUUUCUUUUCCUCCUGAGAUUUAACUUGAAGACAACGUCAGUAGCAGUUUCUGGAGCCACUUGCCAAGGCUGAGUGUGAGCUGAGCCUGCCCCACCACCAAGAUGAUCCUGAGCUUGCUGUUCAGCCUUGGGGGCCCCCUGGGCUGGGGGCUGCUGGGGGCAUGGGCCCAGGCUCCCAGUACUAGGCUCUCUGAUCUGCAGAGCUCCAGGCUACCUGGGGUCUGGAGGGCAGAGGCUAAGGACACCGGCGAGGACCCCGUUGGACGUAACUGGUGCCCCUACCCAAUGUCCAAGCUGGUCACCUUACUAGCUCUUUGCAAAACAGAGAAAUUCCUCGUUCAUUCGCAGCAGCCGUGUCCGCAGGGAGCUCCAGACUGCCAGAGAGUCAAAGUCAUGUACCGCAUGGCCCACAAGCCGGUGUACCAGGUCAAGCAGAAGGUGCUGACCUCUUUGGCCUGGAGGUGCUGCCCUGGCUACACGGGCCCCAACUGUGAGCACCACGAUUCCAUGGCAGUCCCUGAGCCUGCAGAUCCUGGUGACAGCCACCAGGAACCUCGGGAUGGACCAGUCAGCUUUGAACCUGGCCACCUUGCUGCAGCGAUCAAUGAGGUUGAGGUGCAACAGGAACAGCAGGAACACCUGCUGGGAGAUCUCCAGAAUGAUGUGCACCAGGUGGCAGACAGUCUGCCAGGCCUGUGGAAAGCCCUGCCUGGUAACCUCACAGCUGCAAUGAUGGAAGCAAAUCAAACAGGGCACGAGUUCCCUGAUAGAUCCUUGGAGCAGGUGCUGCUACCUCACGUGGACACCUUCCUACAAGUGCAUUUCAGCCCCAUCUGGAGGAACUUUAACCAAAGCCUGCACAGCCUUUCCCAGGCCAUAAGAAACCUGUCUCUUGAUGUGGAGGCCAACCGCCAGGCCAUCUCCAGAGUCCAGGACAGUGCUGUGGCCAGGGCUGACUUCCAGGAGCUUGGUGCCAAAUUUGAGGCCAAGGUCCAGGAGAACACUCAGAGAGUGGGUCAGCUGCGGCAGGACGUGGAGGACCGCCUGCAUGCCCAGCACUUUAGCCUGCACCACUCGAUCUCGGAGCUCCAGGCCGAUGUGGACACCAAAUUGAAGAGGUUGCACAAGGCUCAGGAGGCCCCAGGGACCAAUGGCAGUCUGGUGUUGGCAACGCCCGGGGCUGGGGCAAGGCCUGAGCCGGACAGUCUGCAGGCCAGGCUGGGCCAGCUGCAGAGGAACCUCUCAGAGCUGCACAUGACCACAGCCCGCAGGGAGGAGGAGUUGCAGUACACCCUGGAGGACAUGAGGGCCACCCUGACCCGGCACGUGGAUGAGAUCAAGGAACUGUACUCCGAAUCGGAUGAGACCUUCGAUCAGAUUAGCAAGGUGGAGCGGCAGGUGGAGGAGCUGCAGGUGAACCACACGGCGCUCCGUGAGCUGCGCGUGAUCCUGAUGGAGAAGUCUCUGAUCAUGGAGGAGAACAAGGAGGGGGUGGAGCGGCAGCUCCUGGAGCUCAACCUCACGCUGCAGCACCUGCAGGGUGGCCAUGCCGACCUCAUCAAGUACGUGAAGGACUGCAAUUGCCAGAAGCUCUACUUAGACCUGGACGUCAUCCGGGAGGGCCAGAGGGACGCCACGCGUGCCCUGGAGGAGACCCAGGUGAGCCUGGACGAGCGGCGGCAGCUGGACGGCUCCUCCCUGCAGGCCCUGCAGAACGCCGUGGACGCCGUGUCGCUGGCCGUGGACGCGCACAAAGCGGAGGGCGAGCGGGCGCGGGCGGCCACGUCGCGGCUCCGGAGCCAAGUGCAGGCGCUGGAUGCCGAGGUGGGCGCGCUGAAGGCGGCCGCGGCCGAGGCCCGCCACGAGGUGCGCCAGCUGCACAGCGCCUUCGCCGCCCUGCUGGAGGACGCGCUGCGGCACGAGGCGGUGCUGGCCGCGCUCUUCGGGGAGGAGGUGCUGGAGGAGAUGUCUGAGCAGACGCCGGGACCGCUGCCCCUGAGCUACGAGCAGAUCCGCGUGGCCCUGCAGGACGCCGCCAGCGGGCUGCAGGAGCAGGCGCUCGGCUGGGACGAGCUGGCCGCCCGAGUGGCGGCCCUGGAGCAGGCCUCGGAGCCCCCGCGGCCGGCAGAGCACCUGGAGCCCAGCCACGACGCGGGCCGCGAAGAGGCCGCCACCACCGCCCUGGCCGGGCUGGCGCGGGAGCUCCAGCGCCUGAGCAACGACGUCAAGAGUGUCGGGCGGUGCUGCGAGGCCGAGGCCGGGGCCGGGGCCGCCUCCCUCAACGCCUCCCUUGACGGCCUCCACAACGCACUCUUCGCCACUCAGCGCAGCUUGGAGCAGCACCAGCGGCUCUUCCACAGCCUCUUUGGGAACUUCCAAGGGCUCAUGGAAGCCAACGUCAGCCUGGACCUGGGGAAGCUGCAGACCCUGCUGAGCAGGAAAGGGAAGAAGCAGCAGAAAGGCCUGGAAGCUCCCCGGAAGAGGGAUAAGAAGGAAGCGGAGCCUUUGGUGGACACGCGCGUCACAGGGCCUGUCCCAGGUGCCUUGGGCGCGGCGCUCUGGGAGGCAGGAUCCCCUGUGGCCUUCUAUGCCAGCUUUUCAGAAGGGACGGCUGCCCUGCAGACAGUGAAGUUCAACACUACAUACAUCAACGUUGGCAGCAGCUACUUCCCUGAACAUGGCUACUUCCGAGCCCCUGAGCGUGGUGUCUACCUGUUUGCAGUGAGCGUUGAAUUUGGCCCAGGGCCAGGCACCGGGCAGCUGGUGUUUGGAGGUCACCAUCGGACUCCAGUAUGUACCACUGGGCAGGGGAGUGGAAGCACAGCAACGGUCUUUGCCAUGGCUGAGCUGCAGAAGGGUGAGCGAGUGUGGUUUGAGUUAACCCAGGGAUCAAUAACAAAGAGAAGCCUGCCGGGCACUGCAUUUGGGGGCUUCCUGAUGUUUAAGACCUGAACCCCAGCCCCGAUCUGAUCAGACAUCAUGGACUUGCCCAGCUCUCCUUGGCCUGGGGCUCUGGCCAGGGAUGGGCUGGAGGUCAUUCAGUUGGUCUGUCUCUUCCCUGGAAACCUUCUGCAAAGACAGUGUGGUGUACGUGGCCUCCUUCUAGCCGCACGGGGCUUGGCCAUUUCUCCAUGAUGAGAAGGACUGGAAUGCUUCUCCGGGCAGGACAUGGUCCUAGGAAGCCUGAACCUUGGCUUGGCAUGCCUUCUCGGACAGCACGGCCUGGGCUCCAACUCUUCGCCACACCCUGUAUUCUACAACUUCUUUGGUGUUUUGCUCCUCCUGUGGUUGGAAACUUCUGUACAACACUUUAAACUUUUCUCUUGCUUCCUCUUCUCUUCUCCCUAAUCGUAUGAUAGAAAGACAUUCUUUCCCAGGAGGAAUGUUUGUUUAAAAUGGAGGCAACAUUUUGGCCAACACUGGAAAGCACUAGAGGGCAAUGGGAUUAAACCAACCUGCUUGGUCUCUAUUAGUCAGUAAUGAAGACUUCAGCCUGGCCAACCAAGGGAAAGGAAAUAUCUUUAGUUUCAGUCAUUCCUUGUACGAUAUGGUUUAGCUGUGCCCCCACCUAAAAUAUCAUCUUGAAUUGUAAUCCCUAUAAUCCCCACACGUCAAGGAAGAGAUCAGGUGGAGGUAAUUGGAUCUUGGGAGCGGUUCCCCCAUGCUGUUCUUGUGAUAGUGAGUUCUCAUGAGAUCUGAUGAUUUUAUAAGUUUGAUAGUUCCUCCUGUGUUCAUUCUCCUUCCUGCCACCUUGUGAAGAAGGUGCCUUGGUUCCUCUUCACUGUCUGCCAUGAUUGUAAGUUUCCUGAGGCCUCCCCAGCCAUGUGGAACAGUGAGUCAAUUAAACCUCUUUCCUUUAUAAAUUAUCCAGUCUUGGGCAGUUCUUUAUAGCAGUGUGAAAAUGGACUAAUACACUUGUGUUUAUCUGUAAUUUAAAUUUCAUGUCUUUUUCUCCUUGCCUUACAUAGGGUAAAGACCAAGAAAUGCCAAAUGUGAACUAAAAUGUGUAGGGCCUUCACCUUUUUUACUUCCUCCAGUAUCUUAGGACCAUCGUAAUUCUUGUUAGCAUCUCUAACCAGGAGGCAGCUGAGGGAGGAGGGAAGGAAGACUGUAAAAAUCCCGCUCACUAAUGAUCAACUUUGGAAUAAAGUGAUGCCCUUCAAA